AUGUUUCACGGGCAGAUAGAGAGACCGUUCAAGGCAGUCCACAUCCUCACCUACUCGGACAAGAGAGUGACCGUCGCCCUCAACCCUCACUGUCUCCACAUCCUGGACUCCAAGUCUCCUCCCGGUAUAAUGCUGUACCUGACAUACGACCAGCUGUCCUGGGAGUUUGAGGAGGCACCGGAGGACGGAGAGGACUUCUACAGCUCUCUGUGGCUGGAGUUUGACUCGGUGCUGGAGCUGGAGGACCGGGAGGAGAAGGUCACCAAGAGGGUUCAGGUCUUCUCACGACAGGUGACACAGACUACAAGUACCAGUUUUUUCACCAAUGAACUACUAUGAGAGCAUACCAUGUAUAUGCCUACUGAUGCUCCAUACACGCAGGCUCCAAUGAUGGAUGCAUGAUCACGCGAUGUGUGGAGAUAUUGUGAAGACAGAGGAGGAGCUCAAACAGAUGAGAAAGGCCCAGGGCUACGAUGAAGUGCUGCCUGAGUGUUCCAUACGACCCACAACCAGGAGAGUCUCCGCGGACACAGAGACAGGGACGCACUACAAGGAGGACAAGAUGAGAUGCACCACUUUCACGACAAAGGUGAGAUUAUUGGCGAUGGAGGGUUCACUCUCACGACGACCUUUCAAGAGACGCACCGCCCCGUUCGUGGCAGCAAUGCCACGCCCGGAGAUCUGCCCUGCCACAGGAAGGCCACGCCCUGCACCACUGGAAACCAGGGAACGCAGCAGCACCAAAGACUCUUUCUCUUCAACUGACAUGUGAUUUUUCACCUCUCCACAAACCUUUUUAAGAAUCUAUGUGUAUGUGUAAUAUAUUAUACUGCAUCAUUUUCAUAGCAUAUGAAUUACAUACUAAAUGAUAAGUGCUGUAUUUGAAGACGUGUGCUGUAUGUAUAGCAUAACUAUACUCCACAUCAUGUGGUAUGACGAUUAUAAAAGUGGCUCCGUCACCACCCAAUGUGUGAAGCCCUACACAGAGUUUCCUACGGCCCUUCGUAGGUGGACUCUCCACUGUAACUCAAAGCAGCUGCUGAACAGCCCAUUUUUGAGACCAGGUUGCAGUUUCCGCUACUCUUCAGAUCUGCAACCAAUGAAAUUGCACCCGUUGCAUCCCUACUAAUCGAACCAGUUCAUGCUACUCUCUCCAGGAGCAUGAUGCUUGACUCCUAGUGGAGCAGGGGACACUUCGAUGGCGAGGACGACGCCAAGGACCACUGGGCACAUGAUCAUAAGUACUAGCCAACGUGUAGAUUCAUAUACCUGCUGAGAGGAUGCGGUAGGUGAUGCACAUCGCUGAACUGACUUCACGCUGGAUAAGGGAGUCGAUUAGACGUUGACGUUCUCUUACCAACGCCUUCUCUAAAUGACAGUCCGCGGACGUGGCUAGGGUUGGAGCAUGAAAAUGGCCAUGUGCGCGAUAAUCGUGUGAUGCACUGUCCUCUGAAUCUGCAAACAUGUUCUCCCUCCAAAUCUGUGAGCCACUUCCCCCUAUGGCUGA